AUGGAACUUGUCUACCGGUUUUUGCCAUUAUUUCUAUCCAAGUCUGUCAAUGAAGCAUUUGGUGACACAAAGACUGGUAAAAUGCUCUACUGUUGUGAGACUUGUCCAGCUGCACAAUGCUCAAUAUGGUCAGGUCCGAACGAAAUGAAAAAAUCUGCCUUUAAAUUACCAGUCAAGUGCAUCCUCUCAACGAAUCAGUUUGGAAGCGCCCUUGUAAGCCGUACACUGUGUUCUUCGACUCCGGGCAAUCCAAGCGUUUGGUGCCGUAACCAUCGAGCAAAUGAUUAUCCACCAUAG